GUGCGCUGGCGCUGCAGCUGGACCCCGAAUCGUACAGUCCCUCCCAGUACAAACCAGUAACCCCAGUUUGCCCAGCGCGUGUCUCCAGCUGGCCCAGUUGCAGCUGCGGGUCCGGGAGGCCUUGGCCGAGCGCGAGCGGCUGCUGCAGGCCCGGGAGGCUCGAAAAGCUGCCAAGGCUCCGCCCACCACGGACACGCCCAUUUCUGAUGAGGCCCCGCCCACUCCAGCAGAGGAAACGCCCCCUCCAGCUCAGGCCACGCCCCCUCCUGAGCCCGACCUCCUCUGCGCCCUCCGAGCCCGCGGCCACCGUCCCGAGGCCGUCGGGGGCCUGUGGAUUUUGGGGGGGUCCCUGAGGGGUCCCCUCACCAAGAUGGGGGGACGCAUCAAGACCUGGCGGCGCCGCUGGUUCCACCUGGACCCCCAGAGGAGGGUCCUGGCCUAUUAUGGGGACCAAGCACAAACGAAGCUCAAGGGCGUCAUCUACUUCCAAGCCAUCGAGGAGGUUUGGUACGACCCGGGCCGCGUGGCCGGAAAGAGCCCAAACCCGCGCCUCACCUUCUGCCUCAAGACCUACGAGCGCCUGUUCUGGCUGGUGGCACCCAGUGCCGAAGCGUUGAGGAUCUGGAUGGACGCUGUGCUCACCCUGACCCGCGGCGCUGGUGCCUUCUGACCCGUUUUUCCUUCAUGUUUCCCUUUUUCCUUCAUGUUUUCCCUUCAUAUUUCCCUUUUCCCCUCCUAUUUCCCUUUUCCCUUCAUGUCUUCCCUUCAUAUUUCUCUUUUCUCCUCAUAUUUCCC